GCUGUUUCAGUAUUGGAAUGCUGCUGUUUUAGCAUUGUGAUACAGAGCGGUUCGCAGUAUCACAAUACUAAAACAACAGUGUUCCAAUGCUGUAACAGCAGUUUUCUGUUGGCAAUGUUACUCAUACCAAAGUAGCAUGGCUUUACCGCUAAAACGGCAGCUUUUUUCUCUCAUAGUGCGUGAGUGAUUUAAGGAUUUUAUAAGAUAAGAUGACGUUCGAUCACGAAAAUGAUACAAAAGUUAGAUUAAGAAGGACAAAAAGUGCAACAAGAGCUGAAGAAAUUCAAAAAGCAGAGCAGAUGGUUCGUAGGUCACAACCUGAUAAACCAUGUCACCGACCAAGAGACAGUCUCUUUUCCUGGAGUUCCGGCUUUGAUAAUUUCACGGGAUUUGUCAAUUGGGGCUUCUUACUUUUAGGCAUUGGUGGGAUACGACUACUUUUGGAAAAUUUUAUAAAAUAUGGAAUAAGAGUGGAUCCAGUGCAAUGGUUUAUGUUUUUAAGUGGGAAAAACGACGGAGGAAAAGAACAUCCUUCUUUUUUAUUAAUUAUGUAUUCUUCAGUACCAAUAUCGCUUUGCCUGCUGAUUGAAAAGGGAUUAGCUAUGGAUAUUAUACCGCAUGGUCCAGGAAUGGUUUUCCAUGUUGUGAAUCUUAUUGUAAUGGUGCUAAUGCCAAUGGUUGUUAUUCACGUUAAAGAUUCCGGUUUCAGUUUGAUUGGAGCAAUGUAUGUAUGCAUGUUAUAUGCCAUGCUUUUUCUGAAAUUAUGGUCUUACAUUCAAGUGAACAUGUGGUGUCGUCUCAGUGUUAAAGGAAAAAACACAAAUAAUAGCAAAAUACGAAGACAAUCACUUUCAUAUAAUAAUUUACAAUCUUCGGGAAUAAAACAAAACGGUUACGAAUCAGACGAUGCAAAAUAUGAAACAAAAGGUGGUAUAACUCUAGUACAGUAUCCAGAUAAUUUAAAUCUUCGUGAUUUAUAUUAUUACAUCCUCGCACCAACUCUCUGUUACGAAUUGAAUUUUCCGAGGACUGAAAGAAUUCGUAAAAGAUUUUUAAUAAAACGUAUCCUCGAAGUUCUUGUUGGCUGUCAAGUUGUCAUGUCACUUUUUCAACAAUGGAUGGUUCCAUCUGUUAAAAAUUCUUUGAUUCCUUUUAGUAAUAUGGACGUCGCUAAGGCUUCCGAACGUCUACUUAAAUUAGCAAUACCAAAUCAUUUAAUGUGGCUGUGCUUCUUUUACCUGUCAUUUCAUUCUUAUCUCAAUUUAAUGGGUGAACUACUACACUUUGCAGAUAGAAAUUUUUAUUGCGAUUGGUGGAAUGCAAAUAAUAUUGAUACUUUUUGGAGAAGUUGGAAUAUGCCUGUACAUCGUUGGGCUAUAAGACAUCUUUAUAUUCCAGUAGUGGAAAUGGGUUACAGCAGAACUACUGCCAGUGUCACUGUUUUUUUCAUCAGUGCUUUUUUUCAUGAAUAUCUUGUCAGCGUACCUCUGAAGACAUUUAAAAUUUGGGCGUUCAUGGGAAUGAUGGGGCAGAUACCUUUAUCUGUUUUAAGUAAAAUGGUAGAAAAACAUUGUGGAGCAAGAUGGGGGAAUAUUGUCGUUUGGGCGAGUCUCAUUAUUGGACAGCCUUUAUGCAUUAUGAUGUAUUAUCACGAUUAUGUAGUUACACACUUUGGCGAAACUCUCCUAGAAGAUUAUUCAGUCGUAUAAAUAAUUCAAUUUUGAGAUUAAAAUGUCGAUUAAAAGGCUGUAAAAGUUACUUAUAUUGUGCGAUUUGCUUUUUAUUUUAUUUUAUUUUUUUAAAAUAAAAAUGAUUUUUACUAAAUAUAAAAUAUAUAAAACGAAUAUACCGAAGAAAAGUAAAGUGCCUUUGAAUUAAUUAUAAUCAAUUAUUCAAAUGUAAUAAGUCACAAUUGAAUUUUCAACAUCAUCGAAAGUCACUAAGCAUUAAUUAUAAUUGUUACUCAUUAACUUCGCUCAAAAGAAAAAAAAAUAAUCGUAACAAAUGGGUGGGUGUGGAUUUAUUAUUUGUAUAAUAUGUGAUACGAGAAUAUUUUUAAAUUCAAUAAUAGAUGUUACAAUUUUUCAAAAAAUUAAUGUAAAAGGUAUAUUAUUGCCUUUGAAAUAUUUUCUAUAUUUUAUUUUUAUGUGCUAUUUUGUACAAACAAGAAUUGUAAGUUACCAAUGUUGUAUCCAAAUAAAUCGAAUUUUUGUUAUAAA